AUGUCAGCUGACCACAGUAGAGAUCCAUGUCCUAUAGUUAUAUUAAAUGAUUUUGGUGGUGCAUUUGCAAUGGGUGCAAUCGGUGGUGUGUUAUGGCACGGUAUCAAAGGUUUUAGAAAUUCACCUAUGGGUGCUCGUUUACCAGGUGCUAUAAUGGCUGUUAAAGCAAGAGCACCGGUAGUUGGUGGUAACUUUGGUGUGUGGGGUGGUUUAUUCAGUUCAUUUGAUUGUGCUGUUAAAGCUGUCAGGAAAAGAGAAGAUCCAUGGAAUGCAGUCAUUGCCGGUUUUUUCACUGGUGGCGCUUUAGCUAUCAGAGGUGGUUGGAGACAUGCUAGGAACGGUGCCAUUACUUGUGCAUUCUUAUUAGGUUUGAUCGAAGGUGUUGGUUUAAUGUUUCAAAGAUAUGCUGCUGCUCAAGCUCAACCUGUAGCACCACCAAUGCCAGCAUAG